AUGUGUCUCGAAAAGCGCAAGCUCUACACCGUGUGCGGCCACCAAUCCUCCGGCAUUCGUCUCUGCCAUCGACAGCGCGAGAUCCCCAAUGAUCUCGAGGCCUCAGGACCUUCAAUCCCAAGCGGCAGCGACACCGGCGCCGCCCUUACCUCCAAAAUCUAUAUCUGCUCACACCUCACUCGCUUUAUUUUCCCUGCAACCCAACCGGUCCCCUGCCGACCACCACAUCCCUACUUUACUGAAAUCCGCUUCGGCUUUUGUUGUCGCUGCCAGGCUUACUACCGCAGCGCCGGGUUUGCGCCCUCCGAGUCCGACGACACUCGCAACGACCAGGUCGUUCUCAAACUCGUGCCGUUUGCGGGGGAGGAUGUGGGAGAGGGGAUUCAGAAGUUGGAGGAUAUCAGGUGGAAGACGAUCAUGUGGGCUGAGGAGGGAAGGAAGAAGAGGGAGUGGCGAGGGGAGCUUGAGGAGAGGGAGAAGGAGUGGGAGAAGGAGGAGCGGGGAGAGGAAGAGGAAGAUGAGGAGCGAAGAGAUGUGCAGUCUAGGACUGGUUCUCAGCAUGAUGCCACUACAGAGGCAGACGAAGCCAACCAAAUCACCAACAGGGCGCUGGUCUCGUCAUAUCAUAACGUCCUGACAAGACUCGCUGCCUCUACUUCCGAGCACCAAUCCCGCCUUUCCCGUAGCCACAGUGAGGAGACCGAUCUCGCCCGUGUGGUUGAAGGAGAACACGACAAAAACGAACAUGAAAGGUUUCAUGUCAACGGAAACAUCGUUGCCGAACGGAAUGACACCACCAACAUAACCAACGACAUUCAGCCCGAGACUUCCGUUGAGGACCUAUAUAGCUACGACUACCACCAACUUUCAGAAAUCCUCGAGGAGCGCUCCUCGCAAUUCACCAAGUCCAAACCGUCCAAAGAGCUAUCUUCCAAGCCAUCUUCUGGCUCAACUUCCGGGCUCACUGCCGCUGGCCAGUCUCCAAUCGCUAAGAAGAAGACGGAUCUUUCCCCGGGGGGACAAGCAAUCAUUAAUUUCAGCUUGCCGUUGACGGAGUCCGUACGCCUGACAAAGAGCAACUUAGCUCGUCUCCACAAAGAACAGGGAACAGAAGAUGAAGACAAAAAGGUGAGUCCGUCAACCAUUCAAGCAACGGUUCAGCCACUGGAGACCACCACGCCCUUCUGUCUGGCCGGUGCUGUCAACCCCAAAGACAGCUUGGGAAAGCUUACGACCUCAAAUCCAUCACAAGCCCUUCGCACCCCCUCUCGGGACGGGGACGGGCAAGAACAAACUUCUACCACCUCACAAGUUACCCCUAGUGUUGCCCCAGUCCAAUCUUCUCCCAGCAUCACUCCCGCAGCAAACCCCGCCACGACACACUCAAUCCAAUCAUGGGAAAACUUCACCAUCUCCACUCCCUCCCAGUCCAUUCAACCAUCAUGGAGAAAAUCAUCUUCAUCAUCAUCACGAGCACCAGAGGCAGGCGAGACAGGUGGUAGUGGUAAAAGAAGAGGUACAACUAGCAACCGCAUCACACAGCUCGGCCUCAACCAGCUCGUGCUCACCACUACUAGCCCGAGCCCAACCCCAAACCACGCUGGUAGAAACACGCCCCGCUUGAGACGCACGCCCCGUCUUCAAGCUUUGAAUGAGGACAUUUAUCUCAGACCUGGACCGGAGCAAUCUGAUGAUGAUGAUGAGGGUGAUAGUGGGUCUGGACUCGGAGCGUCGGUUUUCGCGGAAUUGUCUGCGGGGAUUGUCGGGAAGGAGCGGGAAAGUGAGGAAGGGAAAGGGGAACGAAAGGGAUGA